AUGGAUUUAGUUGAGCUUAGAAUUAAAAAAUAUCAACAACAAACUGAACUUACAAAUGAUUCAAUUUCAAUUAAAGAAAAUCUUAAUAGCGAUAGUAAUCAUAAAGAAAGUGCUAAUAAAUUGUUUGAAGACUUAUUUGGUCAUAAAUAG